CGACCAUUUUUGGAACUGUAGAGUAUUUUCACGGUCUACCUUUUUGUGCUGUCUGAUUUGCUAUAAAGUUUUCCAGAAACGCUGCAUAUCUGCUAGAAAGUUUUCCUGCGAUAUUCCCAAGGGCUCUCGGAUCAGUGAUCACAGUUCAUUCGCUCAGAGAGCACACUUUGUCAGAGAGCUCUUCCUGAACGGUAAUUGGUGGUACUGUAUCUCGGGCAAACCAUUUCCUCGGGAACUCCGAGCUGUCAGCUGCUCGUCCCGCAUUCACUGGUUGCUGUGCGCAAACCCGGCGAAGUUGCCAUAGGCGCUGCUCGCAGGUGCUGGUUCUAGAGCCGUAAUAUUGUCAACUAGAACCUGCUUUUCCCGUUCCUACGUCGCUGCUGCCUCCUCAGAAAGCGAGAUCGUGUCCGAUACAACUAUGGCUACCGCCAGCAAUGCGCUUUCAGGCCACCAUGGUCUUAGGCUCGGACGCCUGCAGAAGGAUCAAAAGGCUUCUCUCCUAUCGCUCCGCCAUGAUCGGAAAGCGUCGUUUUCCGGAUCAGGGAAAAUGCAAGCCUCUUCGUCUCGGUCUCUUCGCCUCGUGGCCACAGCGACUGUCCCGCAGUCCCAAGCCACCAGCCUCCAGUCCCCGUCGGCGCUAGCAAUCAACGAGGACGCGCCGAUCAACUUCGACGACCUGGGCUUCGGGCUGGUGGAGACGGACUACAUGUUCGUCGCCAAGUGCGCGCGCGGAGAGGAGUGGGAGGCGGGCGAGCUGCGGCCAUACGGCAACCUCGAGAUGAGCCCUGCCGCUGGCGUGCUCAACUACGGCCAGGGCGUGUUCGAGGGCAUGAAGGCGUACCGCACAGCGGACGGGCGCGUGCUGCUCUUCCGCCCGCGGGCGAACGCCAAGCGCAUGCAGGAGAGCGCGGACCGCCUCAGCAUGCCCGCGCCCCCCGUGGAGCAGUUUGUGAAGGCCGUUGAAGACACUGUUCUGGCCAACCUGCGAUGGGUGCCGCCGUGUGGCAAGGGCGCGCUGUACAUCCGGCCGCUGCUGGUGGGGUCGGGGCCGGUGCUGGGGCUGGCGCCAGCGCCCGAGUAUUCCUUCCUCAUCUACGUCUCGCCCGUGGGCAACUACUUCAAGGGCGCCACGCUCACGCCCAUCUCCCUGAAAGUGGAGGAGCACUACCACCGUGCUGCCCCUGGCGGCACUGGCAGCGCCAAGGCCAUUGGGAAUUACUCACCGGUGCUCAAGACUCAAAUCGCGGCAAAGCAAGAUGGAUUCUCGGAUGUGGUCUACUUGGACGCACAAGAGAACAAGUACAUUGAGGAGGUGUCAUCAUGCAACAUCUUCGUUGUGAAGGACAACGUGAUUUCCACACCGGAUCUAAGGGGCACCAUCCUUGCCGGCAUCACUCGCCGCAGCAUCCUUGAGCUCGCACAGGCGCUGGGUUACAAGGCGGAGGAGCGCCAGGUGUCGAUUGAGGAUUUGCUGGGUGCGGAUGAGGUGUUCUGCACAGGGACAGCUGUCGUGCUCUCUCCUGUGGGCGCUGUGACCUUCAGAGGGGAAAAGACGACAUUCGGCAGCGGAGAGGCAGGGAAGGUUUCGCAGCUGCUGUACGAGCGGCUCACAAACAUUCAGAAGGGCGUGGAUCAGGACACAAUGGGAUGGACGGUUCAGAUUGCGUAGAUGCCAUGGCCUUUGUGCUUGUUAGAUUGUGCCUUAUGUGCUUCCAAAGGCUCCUCUUACAGUUGCAUGUGAUGAGAAGUGCCCUACCGAUGUAUGCAUUGAAACGGCUACGAGUGGAAAUGCUGAAGAACAAUAAGUUGCAAACAAUAAU